AAGACGCUACGAGACCGUUCUUUUAACCUAAAAUCGCCGGUAAUCUCAGUUAAUGUCUUAAAAUACACAAACGAUAAUCGUGUGGGUUAUCGAGUGCUCGUCUCGACGGUUUUGAAACCCCAAGAUGUUUGAGAAGAUUUUUCAGUCGUUGGACGUCACAAGUUUGCUCAUCAUCGCGAUCUUCUUCCUGUUCUUGGAGUACAGGCCUCCGUGGUGGUACCGCAAUAAUGAUUGCAAGAAAGGUGUUAAACUCAUACCGGGACCCUUGGCUUUACCUGGGCUUGGUACUACCUGGAUAUUUUUUUUCGGAGGGUUUUCCUUCAACCGACUGCACCUGUAUUACGAAAACAUGUACAAAAGGUAUGGACCUGUCAUGAAAGAAGAAUAUUGGUGUAAUAUACCUGUUAUUAACUUAUUUGAGAAAAGAGAAAUUGUGAAGGUUCUUAAAGCGGGUGGCAAGUAUCCUCUAAGACCACCUGUUGAAGCAGUCGCCCACUAUCGAAGAAGUCGCCCUGAUAGAUACGCUAGCAUUGGGUUGGUCAACGAACAAGGUGAGGCAUGGUACGACCUCCGCAGCACCCUCACCCCCGCUCUCACCAGCCCCAAAACAAUCACCAGCUUCCUCCCCGAAGCUCAGCAAAUCGCCGACGACUGGUGCAACCUCCUCAAACUAAGCCGUGACAAAAACGGCAGAGUAUCCAACCUAAACUACAUCGCAGACCGACUCGGCCUGGAGCUAACCUGCGCCCUAGUCCUCGGACGCAGAAUGGGCUUCCUCCUGCCAGGCGCCGAAACCGAAACCGGGGAAAAACUCGCCGAAGCCGUCCGACAACACUUCCUCGGCACCCGAGACACCUACUUCGGCUUCCCCUUCUGGAAACUCUUCCCAACACCGGCCUACAAAACACUCAUCAAAAGCGAGGCUUCCAUCUACGAACUCGCCCUAGAACUGAUCAAUUCUGCCAACGAAUCGACCAAAGAAAGUGCCGUUUUCCAGUCAGUUAUCCAAGCGGAAAUUGACGAAAGGGAGAAAAUCGCCGCCAUUAUUGACUUCAUAUCUGCGGGGAUUCACACCAUGAAGAACAGUCUUUUGUUUUUGCUGCACCUGAUUGGACAAGACCUCCAAAUACAGAAGAAAAUCAUCGAGGAUUCGACCAAAUCGUACUCGAAAGCGUGCGUUACUGAGACUUUUCGUCUGUUACCAACUGCCAACGCUUUAGGGAGGAUCCUGGAGGAGGAGAUGGAACUUGGAGGUUACCGUUUAAGUGCAGGAACAGUGGUCGUGUGUCACUUUGGGAUUGCCUGCCGAGACGAACGCAAUUUUCCGGACGCUUCAAAGUUCAAACCGGAGCGAUGGCUGGAUGAUGAUAAGGUGCAAACUGCGACUAAUUCCCUGUUUCUUUUGACCCCUUUCGGGGCCGGCCGGAGGAUUUGUCCCGGAAAGAGAUUUAUCGAACAUAUUUUACCGCUGUUGCUUGAGUCCACUGUCAAUUCGUUUGAGAUUCAAGCGGAAGAGGAGCUCGAGUUGCAGUUUGAGUUUUUGGUGACGCCGAAAGGACAAAUGCCGAUGGUUUUUAAAGAUAGAGUCUAGAUGUUUUAAUUAGUGUAGCUGAUCAAUAUGUCAUGUUUUAAGUGGCUGUGUACUGGCAUCAUGUGUUCAUUUUCUUUCAUUCCACUAUUUUAAUUUUUUAAUAAAGUUGUUUUAGCAACAAA